UUGACGUCUGAUGAAAGUGAGCACUUCAAACUUCACACUGAAGCGCAACUUCAUAAAGAGGGGCGGUUUUUCAGAACAAUCGCUCAUGAGUACGAUACUUUAAAAUUAACUUUAGAAAAAUAAAAUAAGUUAUAUUUUACAUUAUAGAGUUCUAUGUAACGGCCACUGAAGGAAAGAUACGGAAUGUGAAUUGAGAACCAAAUAAUACUGGAAGAAAUGGGAACUUUCAUGCAUCAUAUUUGGAUAUAUUCUCUGGUUUUAUUUGCUGAAACUGAAGUUUUGGGGUCCAAUGUCUGCACCUUGCGAGGUGUCAGUACCUGCAAGCAGUGUCUGGCCAUCCACCCCACAUGCGCAUGGUGCUACCAGGAGGAUUUUGGGAAGGGGGUGGCCAGGUCGUCGCGCUGUGACCUCCAGGAGAGGCUGCUGGAUGCGGGGUGUGCGGCCCAGUUUUUGGAGUUCCCCACCAGCAGUCUCAGUGUGGAGGAGGACCGGCCUCUCAGCGACAAGGCCACCGGGGGAGAGGAAGAUGUGAUUCAGGUCCGGCCCCAGAAACUGCGCAUCACCCUGAGACCUGACGACUCCAAGCGAUUCACGGUGCAGGUGCGCCAGGUGGAGCAGUACCCUCUGGACCUGUACUACCUGAUGGACCUGUCCUACUCCAUGAAGGACGACCUCCGCAGUCUCGUUGUCCUGGGCAACGACCUGGUCAAGGAGAUGGGCAGGACCACCAGCAACCUGCGCAUGGGGUUCGGGGCCUUUGUGGAUAAGCCGCUCUCUCCAUAUAUGUACAUCGCCUCAGAAGAGGAGCUGGCGAACCCCUGCCGUCGGAUCAAAAGUAUCUGUCUGCCUCAGUUUGGGUACAAGCACGUUCUGUCCCUGACGGAGAAGGUGAGCCAGUUCACAAAGGAGGUGGAGAAUCAGGCGGUGUCGCGAAACAGGGAUUCUCCAGAAGGAGGCUUUGAUGCCAUCAUGCAGGCCAUAGUGUGCAAGGAUAAGAUCGGCUGGCGCCCGGGCGCCUCCCACCUGCUGGUGUUCUCCACUGACGCCAAAACGCACAUCGCCCUCGACGGCCGCAUAGCGGGCCUCGUUCAGCCUAACGACGGAAUGUGCCAUUUAGACAGCAGUGGCAACUAUGACAUGGCUUCUACACUGGAUUACCCUUCAUUAGCCUUGCUGACAGAAAAGAUGUCGAAGAACAACAUCAACCUGAUCUUGGCAGUGACCCAGCGCGUCCUGCCCCUCUACAAGAACUACAGCGCGCUGUUGCCUGGGAGCGUGGUGGGGGUGCUGUCGUACGAUUCGAGAAAUGUGAUCCAGCUGAUUAAAACAGCCUAUGCGAAAAUCCGCUCCAAAGUGGAACUGGAGCUGCGGGGAGUGCCAAAGGAACUUUCCAUCUCCUUCAACGCCACCUGCCAGAACGGCGAGCUGACCCCCGGCCUCAAGUCCUGCUCGGGCAUGAAGACCGGGGACACGGUGUCGUUCAGCGUGGAGGUGCAGCUGCGCGGCUGUCCCGCGGAGAAGAGCAGCACCUUUGUCCUAAAGCCGCUGGGUUUCCGGGACACGGUCCACGUCGCCGUCGACUUCCAGUGCGAGUGCGGCUGCCAGGACGACGCCCGGCCGGACAGCCCCGUCUGUAACCAGGGCAACGGCACGUACGAGUGCGGCGUGUGCCAGUGCCACCCCGGGUGGCUGGGGCCCCGCUGCCAGUGCUCGGAGGGCCACUUCAGCCAGGACGCGCUGGACGACUGCAGCCCGCCGGCCGCCGGCCCGCUGGAGGCCCCGCCCGCCUGCAGCGGGAGGGGAGACUGCGUCUGCGGCCAGUGCGUCUGCCACGCCAGCCGCUCCGGCAAAGUGUGGGGCCGCUACUGCGAGUGCGACAACUUCAACUGCCUGCGCUACAAGGGGGAGAUGUGCUCAGGUCACGGGAUGUGUGACUGUGGGUUCUGCCAGUGCGACGCAGGAUGGAAGGGCGAGAACUGCAACUGCACCACCCGCACCGAUGGCUGCACGACCAGCAUCGGCCUGCUGUGCAGCGGGCGUGGCCAGUGCGUGUGUGGGGCCUGCGAGUGCACCCAGCCGGGGGCGUACGGCAGCACCUGCGACAAGUGCCCCACCUGCCCCGACGCCUGCACCUCCAAAAUGGAGUGUGUGGAGUGUGGACACUUUAAGCGAGGAAGGCUCUUUAAGGACAAGAGCUGUUCCCAGAUCUGCAGGGAUGAGAUCCAGCUGGUGAAAGAACUGAGAUUUUAUGCUGAGAAUUCACGAAACUGUAGCUACAAGAAUGAAGACGACUGCAUGGAGCAUUUCCAGUACUAUGAGGAUGCCAGUGGCAAAUCCAUCCUUUUUCUCGUUGAGGUGCCAGACUGCCCCGAAGGGCCAAACAUCCUGGUGGUCCUGCUGUCUGUGAUCGGGGCCAUCCUCUUCCUGGGUCUGAUCGGUCUGCUCAUCUGGAAGCUUCUGGUCACCAUCCACGACCGUCGAGAGUUUGCAAAGUUUGAGGAUGAGAAAGCCCGGGCGAAAUGGGAUACGGGCAACAACCCGCUGUACGUGGGAGCAACCUCCACCUUCACCAAUGUGACGUAUCGGGGCAAUACUAGCCCGAGUGAGACCCAGCCCAGCUAGUCAGGACCAGUCCCACACUGGGCGCGUGAAUGAGCCAAACACCAGGGGGCGAUCUGUGCCUGAACUGCACUGUUCCACUUCCAUUUUGCUGGGGAUAUUGUCUUUUAUUUACUGUGUAUGCUGAUAACUGUCACAAGAAGAGAAAACAUUUUGUACGAUUGUAAUUACGUGUGCAAUUUUUCAAGUGUCCAAUUAAACAGUAAAUUUAGCUGGGGGUAAGGCACACAUUUGUAUCCCUCUCUCCUUGCCUUUCCCCCUUCUGGUUUUAUCUGAUUUGAACCUGCAAUCUCAGUAUUUUAGUCUUACAUUUAUACUUUAAAUCUUAUUCCUGGUAUUUUUUGCUAAAUUAAACAAAAACAAAAUGGCGGUUGACUCAUUUAAAGAUUUUUUUUGCAGCGCGUGCUUGUCCGGUGGAUCAGGUGGGCAGCUUUAAAUGAUUUCCUGCAGCACCAGCAAUUUCCUGUGAUCUCAGUAAGGAUUGUUAAGGGUUGUAAUGCAGUGUAAUGUUGCAUAUAUCGUGCAGUGGGGUCAGACUCCAGUCCUGGAGGGUUGUAGUGUCUUUACUUUUGGUGUUUAUACAUUAAGUUGUUUGGCUAGCUGAAGAGUCCGUACACUUGGUUUACAAGGCCUAAACUCGAUGCAGGUUGAAAAGACUGGUCCUCUUCAGCUGUGGUUAAACCACUGUGGCCCAAUAGGGUUUACAUUGUAUGGCUGUAUUAUAGCAUAAUGUUGACUAUUACUGUACAAUAUAAUGCAGUGUUUUAUAAAAAGGGAUUAACUGAGUGAACUAUAAAAGAUAGAUCCUUGUUAUUAUGUGUUCUUAUGGUCUUUAGUCCAAUUCGGUUGUACUUGUAUAGUAUCUUUUUAGGGAAAAAAACAUUGUCACAAAGCAGCUUUAUCGAGAUCCAGACCAAAGGAGGCAGUAGCCAGGAAGACUCCCUGGCUAGUAACAGGAAAAAACUGGCUGGCACUCAUCUUAUGUACUUACAUCCUCACAAUCUCACAGUAACAAUAAGUGGCAGCCUGUAGUGUAGUGGUUAAGGUACAUGACUGGGACCCGCAAGGCUGGUGGUUUGAUCCUCAGUCUAGCUGCAAUACACACAGCCAUGGCCCCCUUGAGCAAGGCCCUACAUUGCUCCAAGGGAGGAUUGUCUCCUGCUUAGUCUUAUCGCUUUGGAUUAGAAAGUAUGGGCCAAAUGACAUGUAAUGUGCCUAAUAUGUGAUAAAACACUGUAUAUGCAGAGAGGAACAGCAGCAGAAAAAAACUAUUUUGUUUUGCAUGCAGAACUAUAAUUCAGUUAGCUGAAUUAUAGCUCUGAAAUUAAAACUCUUUGUUUAGCCCUUUCCAUAAAACGUCAAGGGCAAAAGCAAUCACUGUCACCUUGCUUUGAUUGUCUCUGCAGACUGUUAUGGCCCUCAUUCAGAAACACAUACUGCAAGGUUCCUGGAUCAGAAAGGCGUGAACUUGUGAAAGAUAAUUAUUACAAAUCGAAAUUUAUCAGUGUGGUCAUAAAUGUCGGCACUUAAACAAAGUGAGAAUAAAGGUUGCUGUCAAGCAAAUGAAUGAUUGUAAUGUAUUGCUAUAUUUCUGAGAACUUGUUCAUCAUGUUUAUAUGCCUCACUGAACCAUGUGCUUGUGCUAAAUUUUGCCUUUCAUAUCUACGUUGGGAAAGUCUUGCGCCAUUUGCUUGCUAUGCUGUGUUUAUGUUGAGGGGAAAAGUGUUGGGGGAAAGAGUGACAAUGUCACUUGUUUUCUGGUGUCCUUUUGCACAAUAUUCACUCAGUGAGCACUUUAUUAGGUAGACCUGUACAUCAGCUUGUUAAUGGAAUGAUUGUUGGUGGCAGACAGGGUGGUUUGAGUAUCUCAGAAACUGCUGAUCUCCUGGGAUUUUCACGCACAACAGUCUCUACAGUUUGCAGAGAAUGGUGUGAAAAACAAAAGAACAUCCAGUGAGGAGCAGUUCUGCGGGAAAAAAUGUGUCAUUAAUGAUAGAGGUCAGAGGGGAAGGGCCAGACUGGUCAAAGCUGACAGUGGAAUGCAGAAGAGCAUCUCUGAACACACAAUGCUCUUCUGAGUGGAGAGGCUACAGCAGCAGAAGACUAAGUCUAAAAAAUAUGUAUAAUAAAUACCUAAUGAAUUGCUCACUGAGUGUAUAAGCAUUUAAAUGAACAAAACUAAUUAGAGUUUUGGUUUUUGUAAGAAUGGGCAUUCUUAACGGACUCAUUUUAUUCUAAUCCUUUCAUACACAACCAAACCUUAUAAAAUCAAGCAGGUCCAAUUUGCGGUGGGCUCUUCAUAUGUUUUUUGUUGUUGUUGUUUUUUACUUUCUUGAAGCUUUUUUUCUUUCUCUGUUUUCUAUGAAAAAUAAACUAAAUUCAUUGGUA